CUUUAGAACGUCCCACAUUUUGUUCCGGUAUCGCAACAGCUCGCGCAGAUCCCAGCAUGGACCUGGUGCUGAACGUGGCCGACCACUAUGUGCUGACCCCGUACGUGUACCCCUCCUCGUGGUCAGAAGAGGGCGCUCUGAGGCAGAUCCUGAGUCUGCUGGUGGUCACAAACCUGGGGGCCGCCGUGCUGUACCUGGGGCUCGGGGCCAUCAGCUACUUCUGCAUCUUUGACCACACGCUCAUGAAGCACCCGCACUUUCUCGAGAACCAGGUGCGGAGGGAGAUCAAGUACGCCAUGACGUCUCUGCCCUGGAUCAGCCUGCCCACCGUGGCCCUGUUCUUCGCCGAGGUGCGGGGAUACAGCAAACUCUACGACAAUGUGUCCGACCACCCGCUGGGCUGGACGGGCUUCAUCCUCAGCGCCGUCUACUUCCUCCUCUUCACCGACAUGUGCAUCUACUGGAUCCACAGGUUUCUGCACCACAAGAGCAUCUACAAGCUGUUCCACAAACCUCACCACAUCUGGAAGGUCCCGACGCCGUUCGCCAGCCACGCCUUCCACCCGGUCGACGGCUUCCUCCAGGGCCUGCCGUACCACCUGUACCCCUUCCUCUUCCCGCUGCACAAGGUCCUGUACCUGGCCCUCUACGUCUUCGUCAACAUCUGGACCAUCUCCAUUCACGACGGGGACUACCGCGUGCCCCGCCUCCUCACGCCCUUCGUCAACGGCUCGGCGCACCACACGGACCACCACCUCUUCUUCGACUACAACUACGGGCAGUACUUCACGCUGUGGGACAGACUCGGGGGGUCGUACCGGCACCCGUCUGCGCUCAUGGGGAAGGGCCCGCUCGAUCUGAUCAGGAGGAUGGAGAAAGAAGGGAGGCUGGGGGAGAGGGAGGAGAAGAAGAACGGAUACAGGGGAAAAAUGGGCAAGGAGGAGUAGAGAGGAGGGACUGCUGUAGAGGUGGGCGAUUUACGUAGGGUGACCAGACGUCUCUAUUUAUCCGGGACAGCCCCAGUUUUGAGUCCUGUGUCCCCUUGUUCCAGAGGGUUUAUCCAGAACCACUGAUUUGUCCCAGUUUUUUACAAGAAAUGUCCCAGGUGUCCCUAGUUUUGACCAGUUUGAUCCCUGCCAACAGUAAAGAGAGACAUAAAUUGUUUGUUUUCCAUAUUUUUGGAAUAUAAGGUAGGGUUGUGUGGUAAUACGGUAUUACGGUACACCGCCCUAUCAAAAAGUAGCAAUGGUCUCAGUUUCAUUACUGUCAUUUAAAAAAAUCUGCAGCACAUAAGGACCUAAUAUAAUAUGUUUCUGUUAACUGUGCGGGGAGAUGACGUUUGAUUAGUUUCAUUCCGCUAAGGGAGACGAAAACAAGACGGCAAGUCUGACUGCGAGCGAGUUUGUCCCCUGCCAAAAAAAUACUAGUACUUCUGCAAUGUGGCAGCAUUUUUGCUUCAGACGCACAUUUCUUUACGUUUUACAGAAACUAAACUUAAAACUGCAUGGCUAAUUUGCAUGAACUGUAUGCACUGAUAAAAACAGCUCGCUUCUUGGGCUGCUGAUGCGGUUCGACUUUUGUUGGACUAAAGGAGACGACUCAGUGGAGUAUAUGUUUUUUCUGUGAAAAGGAUGUUGCGGCUGACGGUGAACAGUGUUGGGGAGUAACAGAUUACAUGUACCAGAGUUAUGUAAUCAGAGUACAAAUUAUGAGUAACUGUAUUCAGUUACAGUUACUGUUUCAGUGAGUGGUAAUUGGAUUACAGUUACUUUGUUGAAAUAAAUGGAUUACACUGCGGUAUUUUCCUGUUUUCACAUUUGGGGCUAUGUCCCUUUUUUUUUUUUUUUUCUCGGUAAUUCCACUCAUUGCCGGACACUAAACCAGGUCUAAACCAGGUCUAAACCAGGUCUAAAACCAGGUCUAAAACCAGGUCUAAAACCAGGUCUAAACCAGGUCUAAACCAGGUCUAAAACCAGGUCUAAACCAGGUCUAAAACCAGGUCUAAACCAGGUCUAAACCAGGUCUAAACCAGGUCUAAACCAGGUCUAAAACCAGGUCUAAAACCAGGUCUAAACCAGGUCUAAACCAGGUCUAAACCAGGUCUAAAACCAGGUCUAAACCAGGUCUAAAACCAGGUCUAAACCAGGUCUAAACCAGGUCUAAAACCAGGUCUAAACCAGGUCUAAACCAGGUCUAAACCAGGUAUAAACCAAAGACUGAACCAGGUCCAAACCAGGUCUAAAACCAGAUCUAAACCAGGAUUUAACAGGACUAAAUCAUGCUCAUUCUAUCAAUAAUAUUUUUAAUUUGGUUAAUUAAAGUCUGGGCUUUUUUAUUUUCUUUUAGCAGACAAAACAUCUUAUGUGAAGAUUUUCUAGUUUUUGCUUCUCUACAGAAAAUCAAGUAAUCCAAAGUAUUCAGAUUACGUUACUCACCUAAAGUCACUUAAUGGAUUAUGUUACAAACUACAUUUUGGUGUGUGUAAUCUGUAAUCUGUAGGGGAAUACAUUUUAAAAGUCACCUUCCCAACACUGGUGGUGAGUCUGUUCUGUGCGUGUGUCGCGUUGAAGAUGGUUCAUGUUUAACACUUCAGAGAUUAUAAACCUGCAGGUCACACACAUAGACCGUACACUGGUGCGGCUUCAGUUGCCAAAGUCGUACUAAAACAUUUUGGUAAUACAGUAAUAUCGUCAAUCCCGGUAAAAUCCUGAGACGGUUUAACAGUAUCAAAAUUUGGAUACCUCCCAACCCUACUAUAAGGCGCACUUAAAACCCUUUCAUUUUCUCAAAAAUUCAACAGUGUGCCUUAUGUAUUAAUUCUGGUUGUGCUUACUGACCUCAAACCGAUUUUAUGUGGUACACGGCGCUCAAAAAUCUGUCAAAAUGUUUUAGUACGACUUUGGUAAACUACGAAGCCACACCACUUGAUGGAUUGUCGGAGCAUUACAGCUACUGUAGUCUGGAGUAAAGGGCGAAGCAUAGUUCUGCGUUGACUCAACACACAUCACCGCCAUCGCCUUGUCACAGAGAGAACACUCAUAUUCCAAUGAGUCGUGUCCUUUAGUCCGUCAGAAGUUGAACAGCAUCAACGCACAAGGAGUGAGCUGUGUUUUUCAGCACUUAUAGUUUAUUAAAUGAGCCAUAUGGUUUUAACUUUAGCUUCUGUAAAAUGUAAACAAAUGAGCGCAAAGCUGCAUUAAACACAUUAUUACUCAAUGUAUAUUUGAGUCGUCCUCAUUAGGAAAUAAAAAAAACAUUACUUAUUGAUUCUGCACAUAUCUGCCAUGUUUUUCAGUCCACUGUGAUAUUUGUUUCCUUUCUUUUUUUUUUUUUUCCUCCUGUGAAAAUGCCAAAGGACUGAAAACCUGUGAUUAUUAUUUUAAUUUUUUUAGUUUUCGUUGUUCAAGCUGUGUGAUUUGAAACCUUAAACAAACACUAAGUACAUUUUUCUUUGCCCGGGAUGUUAUGCAAGACAAAUCUAAAACACUGUACCUGAUUUUUACCUCAAAACAUGAAAAACAGAACUAGUUUAAACAGUUUGCAGUGGUCUGAAGUUUUUCCUCACUUAUUUAUGCAUUUUGAGCUUUCUAAUUCUUCACCAUGAUCAGUUUAGAACCACUUUUCACAACUUUCAGGGGCCAAAGCGGAGUAUUGCCAUAACAGUGAUGCCAGCAACAGCUAUCAUGCUCACCGUGCACUUCCUGAUUAUCUUACAGUUCACAGCAGACUUAUUUUGACCUCAAGAUCUGCUUAUACAAUAUAUCUGUCCUGAGGUAAGACAUAUUUUUGCUCAAAUCCAUUGAAAAAACUCAGGUACAGGCCCUUUCUGUAAGUAUGCGGUGUGUAAAUUUUUGCUUUGUUUGGAAUGUUUCACAAAAUGACAAUGUAAGAAAGAAAAAUUGUGUAACGCUAUAUUCUGUGACAUUGCGGCAAAUUUAUAAUAACUCUAAGGAAACACACAGGGAUGUUUGAUUAUGGCAAAAAUAACAGUCAUGAUUAUUCGGCUCAUGAGUUAAGUCAUUUUGUUUAUAUUUGAGAACUCCUUUAUCAUAAAUAUCGUGAAAAAUAUUGAGCUCAAAAUUGAUCUUUAACACUUAUUUGUCAGUUGGCGUUCUCUGCCUUUGUAUCAUGAGUCAAAAAUAAAGAGUCAUGCAAAGACAAAAGGCAGUAACAGUGCAUGUUUCGUUUGUGAUUUAGUUAAUAAAUAUAUUUUACUGUAAAA